AUGAUUAUAUUCGGCAGUGCGAGACGAGACGACUGUCGUAGGGGCAAAAUACUCGACAUUUACUGCCCUCACCGCAAACUGGCCACAGCCUCACCAGAAAAGACCGUCCGCUUCUCGGCAGCCACCGGUUCGGAGGGAGAUAGCGAGAAUAGGAGAAGAGCGGAAAACGAGCCAAUUCGACUAGCAGACGCGGAUCCGGCAGCCUUGCGCCACAUCGAAUUGUGCCAGAGACGGUGUGGCUAUACGCGAAGGGAGAGUGUGACGAGUGUGGCUGAAUGA